CGCGCGACCAUCUCUCUCGCGAUAACCUAAACCGAAACCUAAACCUCCGACCAUCCGACCAUCUCUCUCAGCCUAAACCUAAACCUCCGACCAUCUUUCUCAGCCUCAUCUCCCUCUUCCCCUUCUUGAAUCUCUGCCCCUUCUUAAUCGUCUGAUUGCUAAAGGUUGAGGAUGGGGUUUGGGGUUAACCUCUCUGUAAAGCGCCGAAGCCUUUUCUUUUCCCCCGACUUUCUCCUCUGUUCUUCCUCUGCUUCUCGCGACUUCGGACUUCACGCGACCGAGACCGGCGAUUUCUUCUUCUCUCGGUGGCGCCGGCGAAGAGCGGACCUUGGAGCGUUGAGAGGAAGAGAGGUUAGUUACAGCCGAACCUUCUUUCUCCCCGAUCCCUUCCUCCCUUCUCUGAUCUCGGUGAACAACGGCGACGGAUCUCGAUCGGUGGAUUUCACCGGAGAGGAGGACGAACGUUUGCCGGAAUGGAGGUUACAACAAAUGCCUUCGCUAAGAAAAGAGUUGGAAAAGUGAGGGAUUUAAGCUCUUCGGUUACUUCUAUAUUUUUUUACUCUUUAGGCACAUCUCUGUCCCACGAGUUCUAUUGCUUUCUAUGGGUUUGCCCCUUUUUUAGUUUUCCUGGGACGAGAGAUCAGAAAUCAUUAUUUUUGGAUCUUUGUAAUAAUUAACUUUCUUGUUUUGAGGUAGGCGUUCUUCGAUACUUUUGAAUUUUAUCUUGGUUGAUAAAGGCAAGUAUCUCUUCAUUUUGAUAAGAAUUCUAGUGUACGAGUUGCAGGGCUUGCAUUAGGAAUUUAGGAUAUGUUGCUUAGAAUAACUCUUUUGGUCCUUCUUCUUCAUGAGGCUGCAGCUGCAAAUCUUCCUGCAAAAUGGCAGACCUUGAAUGGAGUGCCACAAGAAUGGAGUUAUGCACCGGGAUCUUAAACCUGAGAACUUCUUGUUUGGGAACAAAAGGGAAAAUGCCCCAUUGAAGACGAUUGACUUCGGGUUGUCUGUGUUUUUCAGACCUGUUGGUCGUCUUACAGAUGCCCACUUUCUACCUACAAUUACUCAUGGAAAAGGUGAGCGCUUUAACGAAAUUGUCGGCAGUCCUUAUUACAUGGCACCAGAGGUUCUAAAGAGAAAUUAUGGGCCUGAAGUUGAUGUCUGGAGUGCAGGUGUUAUCUUAUACAUCCUUCUUUGUGGGGUGCCUCCAUUUUGGGCAGAAACUGAACAAGGUGUUGCCCAAGCAAUUCUUCGUUCUAACGUAGAUUUUAAAAGAGAACCAUGGCCAAAGGUUUCUGAUAGCGCUAAAGACCUUGUGAGGCAUAUGCGUGAGCCAGAUCCUAAGAAGAGGUUGACUGCUCAGCAAGUUCUUGUAAUAUGAUGAGUGUUGUUGCAUCAUUCUAUAAGGCAAUUUUAGCAGUUACAACAGGGAUAUUUGUGCCCUUCAACAACUUGGCUAUUAUAUACAAGCAACAGUUGGCGAGGGUUCUUUCUGCGACAGCGGCAGCACAAAAGGCUGCAGUCUCAGUGGAAAAGGCGCCUGUUGAUGCUGGUGGUUUCAAGCUAUGUCACUCUUGGAUCGUUCAGCUGGGAUCAAGACAAUGACAAGAUAAAGAGAACUUAUUGGUAACCAAGGACUUUGUGAAGAUAGCAAAUUUUGGCCUUGCUCGUGAAGUUCAUUCGAAGCCACCAUUCACAGAAUAGGUUUCAACACGCUGUUUACAAAUCUCAAGUACUCCAGAGUUGAAAUUGAUGAAAUGCAGUUCGAGUGGGCUGA